CUUCUCUAUAGCUAUUGCGAAAAACUAAUCGAUGGAGGAGUUAGUGAUGUUGCGUGGAAAACACUGUGCAAUCUCAAGAUCAAAGAUGAGCGGCUGUUGGCCCUCCGUCAUGACCUCUUCUCGAUAUGUGGUGGUGAAGAGAGGACGAUGAGCAAGGAACCGGAGAAACCGCGAAAUGAGGGCAUCCAAGCUAUUAACAACGCCCUUCAUCCUUCGCGAUCUCAGCAACGGAAUCCUAUAUUCUCUCCAUCCUCCACCGCUCCAGCAUCAUCGCCAUCGGCUUACUCGUACUCCUCUCAGAAUCGUCAACCCUUCACUGCCACACAGCAUUCGGGCAUGCCGCCAAGGCCACCUAUGUACCCGAGCCAGCCUUACUCUAAUUACCCGACGACCCAACAACCACUGCCUGUACCUCCACCUAUUCCUGCUUAUCAGCAGUAUAGUGGAGCUGGUUACGCUCCCACUCCUCCUCCGACCAUACCUGGACCUCCAGGACCUCCACCUGUCCCUGGUUUCCAAUCAACCUCCUCUGGCUCGAUGUAUGGUCAACCACCCAUGGUGCCUGGUUUCAAUCCAAUUCAAGCUCCGGUGCCACCUCCACCAGUAACACCUGCAUCAUUUUCUAAUAUGCCCAGUAAUAAUUAUAACUAUGCAAACAAUCUUCCACAAGGAAAUUACGCUCCGACACCUCCGAUCGCAUCCACGGAGUACUCCUCGAAGAGCUCUACCGUUUCGCCAGUUGGAGGAAGUGGUGGCGAUAGUAAGGAGACAUCAACUCAUGCAUGGAACGACCCUCCACCGCUGACUACGCGCAGACCAACUCCUCCAGCAGCACCGGUAUUUGAGGUGAACUGGAAACCGCUUGAACAACCAACAGUAACUCUUCCCAAUGGCCUGCCUGGUGUAGGAAGUGGUGCUCCUGUGCGACCUCCUUCGAGCGCUUCAACUCAUCAACAUCAAGAGCACCGCGAAGUACCACAGGUAGUGUUGUCCCCUGAGGAUCAGGCAAUUAUGGACCGAUUCCAUCAGCUGAUAAAUUCUAUCCUUUCAGUGAAUCGAACACCGUUGUCGUUCGCCACCCGGAAACUGCUAUGGCAAUGUUCUGAGCAGUCAUCUCAUGGAGAUUACCGCGGAGCAGUGGCGACAUGUGGUCAGAUGGUACGAUCAGGAGGAGAUUUUGUUGAGGUGUCUGCUUUCUUGCCAGCGUUGAAGUCUUUGUUCUCAUUAGCACAAUCGACAUUUGCGAGGUGA